AUGAGCGCAGCGGCUCCUCCUGGGUUUGCCGAGGACGUCAGCGGCCCUCCUGGCUUUGAGGACGAGGAUGAUUUUGCCGAUGUCAACCCCGCCCUGCUCGCGGAGAUGGAGAAGGAAGAGCAGAAGGAGUCAAGGAAGCGGCAGAUCCUUACAUGGCAGCGCAUGAACACAGAGCGGUACGGGUUUCGCUCCGCGUACCGGGCGGCAGUGGGGGAGAAAGACUUGAUGCCUCCAGAGUUCAUCCGCAAGGUGGUAAAGGACAACGGUGACCUCGGCGGAAAGCGCUUCAAGUCAGAGCGCAAGCUAUGCGUGGGCAUGCUGCCCUACAUGCCACUGGCUUUGUUCAAACUCCUGGAAAACAUGCCAAUGCCUUGGGAAGAGGCGCGCUACGUGACCGUAGUAUACCACGUCGGCGGCGUUCUCACGAUUGUGGAUGACACCCCCACGGUGGCGGAGCCGCUCUAUCUGUCGCGGUGGGGCUCUAUGUGGACAAAGAUGCGCGCCAACAAGGUAGAGCUCCUACAAGAGGGUGGUGGCUUCAGGCGCGCGGUGCACAAAGGAGACGAAAACGAGCCGCCACUGGACUUCGCCGACUACCUAAUGGACCGCGUGCCGCCACCGCCGGUGCUCGAUGAUCUCGAUGAGGAGGACAACGCUGGCAUUGCGGGCUGGUUUUACGACCCUUUCCCACGCCUGGUGGCUCCCAACCAGAUCCGUGGCCCUCGGCGGCCGAAUGGGUACUACUUCACCAUUGAUGUGAUAGAGGCGCUGUACCGUAACGCGUCGCCCAUUCUGCCGACGCUCGAUGACCGCAGCUACUUUUACCUCUGGGAUCUCAAGUCCUUCUACUCUGCCAAAGCGAUGCACUUGUCCAUCCCCCGCGGCCCAAAGUUCGAGGCCCCACCUGCCAUUCGUAUGAAGCAGGACGAGGACGACGACUGGACGGAGUUCAACGACCUGCGCCGCAUCAUCCACCGCGACAACCCACGCAAGCCGCGCUUUACGAUGCUGACGGAGCGGCAGAUUGCCUUUCCGUUCCUGUAUGGCUCGGUGGUAGACGGAGUCGAGCUGGGACCGUAUCACUACCCGGCAACGGUGCGCGUCGAAAACGAUGACCCCGAGCUGCCGUGCUUCACGUUCCACCCCUCGCUGAAUGCAAUCAAAGCGGUGGAGAGGAAUUACACCGAUGUGCCGCGCGCGCAGGCUGUGUUGUGCUCCUCUACCUGGGAUCGCGCGGGCGUCCAGCAUGCUGAAGGUGCCGUGGACGUACCGUUGGAGCUGCCGGACGACUUUGAGCCGUUUCUGGCUGCGCUCCCGCUGGAGCAGCCCAACACGAAGACAGGCCUGUCGCUGCUCUUCGCUCCGGCGCCUUACAAUUCCUUUGAGGGAGGCAUGAAGCGGCGCAUCGAUGUGCCGCUGUGCGAUAAGUGGUACCAGGAUCCACCAGACCUGCUCACGACGGACGACCGCGACAAAAUUCUGCGCAGUUACACCCAGCUGCUCAAGCACCAUGUGAAGCGGUCUCUGCAGCACACCGUGCGCCAACGGGGCAGUGCCGCCGCCGCAUCAGCGGCAGCGGCGGACAUGAGCGCCAUACAGGAGAAGCAUCGUCUGCAGAAGAUGGCAGAGAUGCGGUACUUUUCCAAGACACGCAUGGAGUGGCUAGAAGCGGCGCUGCAGGUGAUGCGGCAGGGUCACAACAUGCUUGUUCAGCUCAUCAACAUGAAGUGCCUGCCAUAUGUGCACAUUGACUACAACUUCGAAGCGAAGCCGACCCGCACGCUGACGACGAAGGAGAUCAAGAAGAGCCGCCUUGGCCCCGCGUUUCACAUGAUCCGCGAGUUACUGGGCUUCAUGAAGCGGCUCAUUGACAUGCAUGUGAUGUAUCGGCUAGGGUCGACGGAUGCGCUGCAGUUGGCGGACGCUACCCAGUACCUCUUCUCCCACGUUGGCGUGCUGACUGGCGUGUACCGCUACAAGCUGCGGGCGUUACGGCAGAUCAAGCGGAGUCGUGACCUCAAGCACAUGCUGUAUAGCAAAUUCAACGUUGGCGGCGUGCCCAGUGGGCCUGGCAACGGUUUCUGGGGUCCCGCGUGGCGCGUGUGGGUAUUCUUUAUGCGUGGCAUGACGCCGCUACUGCAGCGCUACCUGAGCAACCUGACCGAUCGCGUGCUGCACGGCCGUGUGCAGAAGGGGAAGACUACCGGCAAGAAAAUCACGCGUCAGCGGGUCGAGCCAGACAAGGACGUGAACAUCAAGGAAGCGUUCCGCCGUGAGCUGCGCGAGAUGCUGCCGGACAGCGUCAAGGGUUCGGUCAUUGUGACGAUGGACCAGCACAUGAACGAGGCUUUCCGGCACUGGCGCGCCGGCAUACCGUGGAGCGUGCCUGGGCUUGCGAGGCCACUGGCGGACCUCGUUGGCAAGUACGUGAAGCUGCGCUCGGAGGAGUACAUCCGCACGACGCAGCUGCAACGACGUCGCAUUGCGGAGGGGGAUACGGUAGACAAGCAGGCCUUCAUGAAAAACCUAGGGCGCUUGACGCGGCUGAAGCUCAUGGAUGAGCAGCGCCGCCAGCGUCGGUACAUGACUGGCGAGGACGCCGCCACGAUUCUGUCGCCCGAUGAGGCGACAGAGAUUUACCGCAUGAUGGCGAACUGGCUAAAUGACCGCGGCUUCAAGAAGAUCCCCUUCCCAGACCCGUCCAAGACAGCAGAGCUGUCGUUACUGCAGCUUUCCCUCAAUAGACUGCGUGACCAGCACAACAUCGCGAACCGGCUUACGGCGAACCAGCGUGAGGAGCAGGCUCGCAUCGAGGAGUCCUUCAACGCGCCCCACGAGGCCCUAUCCAGGAUUGUAGACGCCCUGGCUCACCAACGCCGCUUCAAGAACGUCGAGGUAGAGUACAUGGACAACUUUUCACACCUAUACCCGCUCUACACUGUCGUGCCACAGGAGAAGAUGAUCGACUCCUUCCUCGAUCAGUACCUCUGGUACAAGACCAUGAAUGUGCAGCGCCUCUUCCCAAACUGGGUGAAGCCGUCCGAUGUGGAGCCGCUGCCGCAGCUGCUGUACAAGUGGUGUGAGGGCAUUAAUAACAUCCCUGACCUCUGGGACGUGUCGCACGACGAGUCUGUGGUGCUGUUGCACAGCAACUUGGAGGAUGCCUUCUAUGAUAACGUGGACUGGACCUUCUUCCGUCCGAUGCUGGAGCUGAUCAUGGACAAGUCUCUUGUCGACUACAUUGUGAGUCGGCACGAUGUAGUGGUGGAAUUCAAGGACAUGAGUUACCAUCACUACAAGGGACUGAUCCGCGGCUUCAUGUUUUCGCCAUUCCUGGCGCAGUACUGGGGGCUCGUGAUGGAUGUGCUGCUGCUCGGCACACAACGAAGCAAGGAGAUAGCCGGCACGGCGGUGAAGCCAAACCCAUUCAUGUCUUUCUUCCGCGAUCCCUACCUCGCCACGUCGCACCCGAUUCGCGCGUACUGCAGGUACAAGAACGAGGUCUACAUUGUGAUACGCUACACCAAGACGGAGGCGGAUGAGGUGCGUCGUCGCUACCUGGAGGAGACUAAGUCGGAUCCGGAGAUGCAUGCCAUCAACGCAUCAGUCUACGGAUUCAAGAACGCGAAGGAGUGGCCACGCGACGCACGGAUGCGUCUUUUCCUGUCCGACGUAAACCUGGCACGCGCGGUGCUGUGGGAGUUUCGCGGCCGCCUGCCACCGUCGAUGGCGACCAUCAAUGACGCAAACAGCUUCGUCAGCGUCUACUCUAAGGACAACCCCAACCUGCUCUUUGAAAUGGCAGGCUUCUCUGUGCGACUGCUGCCGGUGGUGCGGACCGAGGCGGAAAUCCUCGAGAACGAGUCUAUGUGGAGUCUGCGCAAUAACACCACCAAGGACAUAUCCUGCCGAGCCUUCCUGCAGGUGACGAAGGAGCACAUCAACAUGAUCCGCAACAAGGCGCGCCGCACUGUAAUGAUGGUCGGCAGUUCCACCUUUCACAGCAUUGCGGCAAAGUGGAACGCGCUGAUUACGGAGAUUGUGCCGUACUAUCGCGAGGCGAUUCUCGGGACGGAGGAGUUGCAGGCAAUCCUGGCGCGCGCGGAGCACCGCAUGCAGGCACGCGUGAUGAUGGCGCUGAAUUCGCGCGCCAAGUCUCGAUUUCCACCGGCAAUGUUCUACGCCCCCUCUGACCUCGGCGGCCUCGGCAUGCUCUCCGUUGGACACUCCCUCAUUCCUGCGAAGGACACCAUAUAUUCAAGGACAACCAGCACCGGCGUCCAGUUCUUCUAUGCCGGUCUUACCAAUGAGGAGGGUAUCCCUAUCCCCAACGUGCUGCAGUACUACACGCCAUGGGAAGCAGAGAUUAAGGAGAGCGAGAAGGCAUGGCUGGAAUUCCGCACCCGCGAGCGGGAGGCCAAGGCGCGUGGUGGUCGCGUGUCGUUGGACGACAUCGAGGACAUCAUCGACAAGGGCAUCCCGCGCAUCCGCGUGCGCUUCUCACGACACGCACCGCUCUUCCACUUUGACACCGGCUUCCGGGUCCGCAUGGAGUUCCAGCGAUACCUGGCUGGCAAGUACCUGAAGAACUGGUGGUUUCACAUGGAGCACGACGGCAACAUCUGCGGCGGUGUGAUGGAGCGCUACCGCGCUGACAUGAACAACGCCCUCGGUGGGGUUGAAGCGAUUUUGGAGCACAGUCUUUUCAAGGGGACGGGCUUCCCAUCAUGGGAGGGCAUUGAGUUUGACCGAUCUGGCGGCUUCGAAAACACAAAGAAGGAUACAAAACUGGCGAAGCAGCAGCGUGCUGGUUUGAGCAAGGUGCCGAACCAGCGGUUUGCACUGUGGUGGAGUCCUACGAUCAACCGCUCCGACAUCCAGGCCGGCUUCGAGUCGAAGGUGGAGACGACAGGUGUCUUCAUGUGUGGUAAGCUGGAGACUAUCAAAAAGUCCCUCAUCAAGAUCUUCAGCGGCUCUCUCUGGGAGAAGUCGCACGGCGCCGUCGUGAACGAUGUAGCAAGCAAGCUAAAGGACAGCCUCAUCGACCUCGGCGCGGCCUCCAUAACGUUGCAACAGCAGCACCCACAAAAAUCCUACACCUUUACGAGCUCCGCUGCCGAUGUCAUCUUGGUGAGCGCGGCACGCUGGUCGGUGCCGUCGAAGCCGACCAGUCUCGCCGACGAGGUCGGCGAUGUGUACCAACAGAACACAACCUCGAAGUUCUGGAUCGAUGUGCAGCUGCGAUGGGGAAACUACGAUAGCCACAACAUCGCCGAGUACGCGAGGAAGAAGUUCUACGAGUACUCAACGGCGCGCAUGUAUCCGUUUCCUGCUGGCAUCGUCGUUGCGAUCGACCUGGCGUACAACUGCCACAGCGCGUUUGGCUACUGGAUCCCUGGCAUGAAGUUGUUCAUGAGUAAGCUGAUGCCCGUGAUUAUGAAGAACAACAUAACCCUCAACACGCUGCGCGACCGCAUGAAGCGUGACCUAGGACUGUUCAGCUCUGCCCCGACCGAGGCGAGCCUGUCCGACACAAACAUUGCUGAGCUGUUCUCCAGUGGGAUGCGCACGUGGAUCGUGGACGACAGCGCCACGUACGUGACGAGCGAGCAGCCGACCCCGGACGGCGGCAAGAAGUUCAAGUCCGAGAAUGGUGCUGUUCUGGUCUUUGAGCCCGUCUCUGGUUCUUUGAAGAUGAGUGUAGUGCACCGGAGCGUCUUUGCCGGGCAGAAGCGUCGCUCAAAGCUGGCGCGCGAGAAGGCAGCGGAAGAGAUCGCGUCGUGGCUGCGUAGCUGCCCGCCUAGCGAGCGUCCGGGCAAGAUCAUCGUCACCCGCUCACGUUUCCGCCAGACGCUGCAUAACAUGUUGGUACUAGACUACCCGAACAUAAUCAUUGGCCAAAGUGACUUGAACCUUCCGCUGCCGAUGGUGCUGCGUCACAGCCGCCUCGUUGAGCUGCGCAUUGCGGCGAUGGAAAGCAAGGGAUGGGAGUUCUGCAUCUACGACGACUGGCAGCAGAGUCUGCAGUUCCAGCCGAUCACGUGCUUCAACCUACUGAAUCUGGUCUUGCGUGGAUACCACAUCAACCUGCAGCGCACCCGGCAGAUUCUCGUGCCUGAUCUGCACGUCGAGGUAAGCGCGGCUCACUUCUGGCCCACGUACGCGACCCGCCAGGAAUGGGAGCAGGUGUCCAUUCGGCUACAGGAGAUGAUCAUCGCUGACGCCGCGCGCCGCAUGAACGUAAGCCCGAAGGAUUUUACAGAAAAGGAGAAGGAGGGGAUUCUGCUGGGCAAGCGAAUGACCAACUUGGAGAUUCAGCAGGAGGAGAUAAAGGAAAUUGAGGCCAUGCGGCGCACAAAGCUUGUAGAGGCACAGACGGUCAGCGUUGUCACGAGCAGCGGCGACGUCGUGAAGCGCAAGGUGAAGGCCGCCUUUGAUUUCGGAGCGACGGCGUUUAACAACAACUGGCGCCCCCGCUCCUUGGCCGAUGCCGCCUUUCUUGACGAGAACACCACCAUCACCUUCGACGCCGCCGGCGCCACUGGGGCAAGCGACCAGCUCAUCUUCUCCGAGGAUGCGGUUCAGAAGUUGCUGGCGUGCUGCGACGUCAAGGUGCAGUGCUGUGCGUACAUGUUUGGCCAUGCUCUGCCAGACUCGCCAAACAUCAAGGAGGUGCUAUGUGUCAUGAUCCCGCCACAGUUUGGGACGGCUGUCGAGGCCCGCACACCGCCCCGCAUUCCAUAUGACGCGGCGCCACUGCGGGAGGCGAACCUGUCUUUUUUGGGACUCAUGAGGAUUGGCGAGAGUGAGGCGCAGCUGACCUCGCACGACCUCGCGCUCCAGGCGCGUGCGCUGAUCGCGAACGAGGGGAUGGUGCCGCAAGGGUUUCUGACUGCCGUUCUGGAGAUGUCGGAGGAGGGGGUAAUAGUGCGGUGCUACAGCACCACCGCAGACGGCAUUGCAUGGGCGCAGGUCGAGUACGAGCGACUGCUCAAGAAGACUCCGGAGGCAACCGACCCGGUGUUCUCCUCUCCGUGCCGUGGCACCCUUUCCUCAGAGGUGCGAAGCUUUUUCCUGGUGCCGGUAGAGCGGGUCUGGAACUACUACUUCAAGGGGGCACUGUGGCGCGAGAACACCGAGUACGACGUCGUCGUCGACUUGCCGUUGCACUUCUUCGACGCACUCCACCGCCCGGACCACUUCCUUAACUUUACUCGCAUGGGUGACGACGCCGAGGUGAUGGAUGAGGCAGACCCAAACGACGUGUUCGGCAGCUAG